UGUUGAUAAGGCUUUAAAUUCUAAGUAGAGGUGAAAUUAAUUCUGACCAAAAAUGUUUUAAAACGAUUGCAAAGCGCUAUAUUCGCAGUUAAUACACAAUUCCAGUGGGAAGGUAGCAUUACAACGAUUUUCGAGUAAUCACGCGAGUCACGUGCCUAUGAACCGAAAUACGUAGGAAAAGAACUAGUGGGGCGUUAAAUUAUUCAAGAUGUCGCCAAAAACAGAACUGGAACCUUGUAUACCGCUGCCAAUUGAGGAGCGGACACUGGUUGAAAUAACACAGAAGGCGAAAGAUUGGGCAAUUAUGCAUGGUGCUGCUAUGCGCUCCAAAAUCAACUUCAGUCCAGAUUCACUAAAUUUUGCUCCAUUUAUUUUGAUGCCAUCGUCCUUCCCGCGCAAAGAGUUCGAAAAAGCCAGGAAUUUGCAAACCAUUAUUAAUCAAUUGAUGCACAAUGUGGCACACGAUGAGGAAUUUCUCACUACAACUCUUGCAGAAACUAUAAAAGUGGAUGAAUUCACAUCUAACUUAUUUAAUGUGUACAAAAAAGUGCUCGCCAAUGGCUUUGGACAGCGAAUUUCGUUGGGCGUAAUGCGCAGUGAUUUGAUGUUGGAGACGAAAUGUACAGAAUUGCUAGAGAAACAUACCCCCUGUGCCUACUGUUGCUGGAAACAAGUUGAAAUUAACACAAUAGCUUCCGGUUUUGGCCAUUUAGGACCAGCAAGCAAAACCAUACAAAGCUUUGUGUUGCGGGAACUGGGCUAUGCAGACAAAUUAAAAAAUAUGCCCGAAAAUAAUGCCUUGUCUGGCAUUUGUGGUGGCAUGAUUAAGGCCUGGGAAUUGUAUGAAAAACCAAAAGCAGUUAUUCUUUUUAUCAUUGAAGAUGUUACCUAUAAUAUUUGUGAUCAGCGUUUCCACGAGUUCUAUAUACGUGAAGAAUACCCACAUAUCAAAGUGUUGCGCCGCACCUUAACAGACGUAUUCAAAGAGGGUAAAUUGGGACCGAACAAAGAAUUGUUCCUUGGCGAACACGAAGUGGCUGUUAUUUAUUUCCGUGCUGGCUACGAACCUGCCCACUAUCCCUCCCAAGAUGAAUGGGAUGCACGAUAUAUGAUGGAGUGUUCACGUGCGAUUAAAUGUCCUUCCAUACACUAUCAUUUGGCCGGUACCAAAAAAGUACAACAAGCGCUUGCACUGCCAGCCAUGUUGGAGCGGUUUAUAAGCGAUCCCGAGAAGAUAAAAGCAGUAGGCCAAAUUUUUACGGGCCUCUAUUCGCUCGACGACUCUGAAGCUGGUAAUGCCUCAUACGAAAUGGCACUGAAGGAACCAGAACGAUUCGUGUUGAAGCCACAACGCGAAGGUGGUGGCAAUAAUGUAUACGGCAGUGACAUUCCAGAUGCCCUUAGGAAAAUGAGUCGUGUUGAACGCGCAGCUUGGAUUCUUAUGGAUCUAAUCCAACCACCAAUUUCCAAGGGUUACAUGAUACGUCCAGAAGGUAAAUCUCCACCGGAAGUGGUAGAUCUUGUCUCCGAAUUGGGCAUUUUCGGCGUAAUAAUAGGUGAUGUGGACAAUAUAGUUUGUAAUUAUCAAGCUGGUCAUAUGCUGCGCACGAAACUUUCUACUGCGAACGAAGGCGGUGUUGCAGCCGGGCUCGGCGCCCUGGACAGUCCCUAUCUGCUGGAUUAGCGUUUUAACCAUUAGUUACUUAAUAUUUUAACCAUCAUGUAAAAUGCUAUUAAAUAAAAAAACCGAAAACGCCAUUUUUUAAUACAAACCAUA